AACCAGUUAUGUAAAUAUAUAUAUUUGGUUCUAGGAAAGAUAAAGAGUGGGACUGAGGGACCUGCUACCUCUCUUCACCUCGUUCUCAAUGAGGGUAAAAUGCAUUUAUUCACGAAAGUUUUGAGGAUUUAUUUUUACCUAUGAUAAUGAGCACAACGGGCUUUCAUACUUGACAACGAAUGGCAUACGCACACGCACAAGAGAAAGCCACGAAAACCUUGCAUUAAUUGAGAUUGUGAUCAUCAUGAGCAGGUGACAUCCAUUUUGCAGAUAUGGCAGAGGGAAACGAUGUGGAAGAUCCAGAUAUUGUGUAUGCUCAACAUCUCAUUGAAUGUGAGCUUUGCUCCAACACAGUGAGCCUACAAUGUAGCGUUUGUAAAGUCAAUCUCUGUGGCGAGUGUGUAGGUGCUCAUAUAAAUGCCAAAUCCUCACAGGAACAUAAUAUUGUGUCUUAUAAGCUGAGGGCAUCCAUGCCAAUUCUGCCACCUUGUGCUAGUCAUAAAAAUGAAAAGUGUAAUUUGUUUUGUACAAAAUGUCAGAUUCCCAUUUGUGUGAACUGCAUAACACUUAAUCACAAAGCCCACCCAGCUAUAAAACUGGAAGAUAGAUGCAAACAAAAAAGCCUUGAAUUAGUAAAAGAAAGUGAAUCUCUGGAAAACAAUGUUUGUAAAAAUCUGGAGGAUAAUAUUGCUAAAAUGCAAAAACAGCUGGAAGAAGUUCGAGUAAAAUACGAAAAAAUGCAAACUGAGGUCACUGAGCAUGGAAGGCAAUGGCACGCUGAAAUAGACAGGACAGUGCAAAAGUUCUCUGAAGAAAUAAAGAGUAUGGAAGAUCGAGACAUUACGCUCUUAAAGAAACAAAUAGAAGAAAGCAAAGCUCUCCUUAGGGCUCUCAGUAUUCACUGUAAAGAAGUGAAGAAGUUUGCCAAUUCUUUUAAUUUUAAAGAUAUUCUUAAUUAUCAAUUAAGAAAGGAAACAUCACAUCGUUUUAAAUUUUUUUCAACCAUGCCCUCAUUUACCUCCACAAAAAUUGGAGCGAAUAAAAUGUAUGAAACUUUUGGCAAACUUUUAUCCCAAAUACCACAAGAAGUAAAAUCAUUUGCUUCAGAACAGGACACUGUCCGCAAAUUAUGCAGUAGAUCAACCAUCUGUAGGUCUUUGGAAACCAGAGUUGAUACAAUUUGCAAUCUUGUGUGCAUUGAUGACAAUACUGUCUGGCUAAAUGGUGAAAACAAUGCAAUAAUAUGCUUCAAGGAUACUAGUGUUGAAUUUGAAAGACAUACAACAGUAUCGGGAUACAAACCCACUAAUUUGGCCAUUACCAGACAAGGAGAUUUGGUAUAUGCCGUCUGCCAUUCACUGCAUAGCCAUGCUUACAUAAUUACCAAUGGCAAACUCAAAGAACUGAUCACUUUUGAUGACUGGAGACCUAUUGGAAUUUGUUGCACAGCAGAGGAUGAAUUUCUGGUCUCCCUGGAAAGCAAGGAUGAAACCCAGGUCAAAAUUGCUCGCUUCUCUGAUUCGGAAAUAAUUCAAGAAAUUCAGUACGAUGACCAUCAUCAACCUCUCUACCAGGCUGGGAAAUAUUACAUCCUGGUGGAAGAAAACAAAAAUCUGGAUGUCUCUGCAUCAGAUCCAAACAAAAAUGAAGUGGUUGUCACCGACAAAAAUGGAACUCUGCGAUGGAGAUAUAAAGGAAAUCUGCAACCUGGAAAAUUCUCGUCUUUUUCUCCUAGUUUUAUAUGCUCGAAUAGCUAUUGCCAACUUUUAGUAAUGGACACAGACAAUGAAUGUGUUCAUCUGCUAGAUAUGGAUGGAAUUUUCAUAACUUACAUUACGCAUCCAAACAUCCAGGGUAUUGGUGCCAUGAGUUUGGACAGAAGUGGGAGAUUAUGGAUAGCCAAUUACAAAGGGGGACAAAUUAAUGUUUUCAAAUAUAUACAAUAAAUUUAACAAUGUACUGCAACUUUUCAGCUUGAUCAGAGAUACCAGUAAAUGAACUGUAUUUA